UCGAGAGAAAAGCAAAUAAAUUAAAUAAAAUCAAACACUAUUUUCUGCUUUUAUAAUUUGAUUUCUCUCUCAGAUCUGUUCGUAGAUCUUCAAUCGCCGUCUUCCUUUUGUCUUUUUUUUUCAACAUUAUCUGGUUUAAGAAAUUUUCACGAAUUAUUGGAAAUUGCAUUUUCGAAGAAAUACAUUUACAUCUUCUUCGAAUUUUUGGAUUUUCUCCACCUCCGUUGAUAAACAAAUUUUAAAAAAUUGGCUCCGCAAAGGCGAUCGCAGCGCCACACGGGUGGCCAGAUGCAGCAAAGCAAUGCUGCUGCGACGGCGUUUUACGAUCACGCUGGAGGCGGCGGGUCCUUCAACAAUGCUGGUCCCGCCGGCGGAGAUGCUGGUGAUGCUGUUAUGGCACGGUGGUUGCAAUCUGCUGGAUUGCAGCAUCUGGCCUCUCCCUUGACUUCUACAGGCAUCGACCAACGCCUCCUUCCUAAUCUACUCAUGCAGGGGUAUGGGGCAGAAUCUGCUGAAGAGAAGCAGCGGCUAUUCAAAUUAAUGAGGAACCUCAAAUUUAAUGGUGAAUUUGGUUUGGAGCCAUACACACCAACUGCCCAAAGUUCUGGAGGGCAGGCUACAUCUGAUGGGUUCCAUUCUCCAGAGUUCAAGGGGGAUUUUGGAGCUGGCCUUUUGGAUCUUCAUGCUAUUGAUGAUACAGAGCUUCUUUCUGAGCAUGUUAUCUCAGAACCUUUUGAGCCAUCACCAUUCAUGCCAGGUGUGAACAAAUCAUUUGAAAACGAAUUUAAUGUGACAUCUAGCCGGCAGCAAAAAGAGCAAAGUAAUGCAGAUGCCUCUGCUUCGUCAUUCAUUGCCAAUGAAAAAGAGAUCAGUACAAGGGAAAAUAAUGUUGCUAAGAUUAAAGUUGUGGUACGUAAAAGACCAUUAAACAAGAAAGAAAUUUCUCGGAAGGAGGAUGAUAUAGUAACUGUAGGUGAGAAUGCUUUAACGGUCCAUGAACCCAAGCUAAAGGUGGACUUGACAGCAUACGUAGAGAAGCAUGAAUUCUGUUUUGAUGCUGUUCUGGAUGAGCAUGUUACUAAUGAUGAGGUUUAUCGUGUUACUGUUGAGCCAAUUAUUCCCAUAAUUUUUCAGCGAACAAAAGCCACUUGUUUUGCAUAUGGGCAAACAGGUAGUGGUAAGACGUUCACAAUGCAGCCAUUACCUCUCAGAGCUGCACAAGACCUCAUUAGAUUCUUGCAUCAGCCAGUUUAUCACAGUCAGAGAUUUAAAUUGUGGCUUAGCUAUUUUGAGAUAUAUGGUGGAAAACUCUUUGACCUUUUGAGUGAUAGAAAGAAACUUUGUAUGAGAGAAGAUGGGAGACAACAAGUCUGUAUUGUUGGACUGCAAGAAUUUGAGGUGUUAGAUGUGCAAGUUGUCAAGGAAUACAUUGAGAGGGGAAAUGCUGCUAGAAGCACUGGAUCUACUGGUGCAAAUGAGGAGUCUUCAAGGUCACAUGCUAUUUUACAACUUGCCAUCAAGAAACACCCUGAGAUAAAGGAGUCGAAACGGAACAAUGAUGGGAAUGAAUCUAAAAGUGGGAAGGUUGUGGGAAAGAUUUCUUUUAUUGAUCUUGCUGGCAGUGAAAGAGGUGCAGACACCACCGACAAUGACCGACAAACUAGGAUUGAGGGUGCAGAAAUUAAUAAGAGCCUUUUGGCUCUCAAGGAGUGUAUUCGUGCCCUGGACAAUGAUCAGAUCCAUAUACCAUUCCGUGGGAGCAAACUCACUGAAGUGCUCCGUGACUCUUUCGUUGGCAACUCAAGGACUGUUAUGAUCUCAUGUAUUUCUCCAAAUGCAGGUUCAUGUGAGCACACUCUCAAUACUCUGAGAUAUGCUGAUAGGGUUAAAAGUCUUUCCAAAAGUGGUAAUCCCAAAAAGGACCAGGCUGUAACUUCUUUACCACCAAGUAAUACGGAUGCUUCUUCAGCAUCUUCUCUGCCUGCUCCCGCAGAUAUAGAAGUCGUAUAUGAACAACAACAGGAAGCCAAAGUUGUUGAUACAAGUCAAAGGGUUGUAGAAAAAGAUGUUUAUACUGUUGACUUUGAUAAACAGCUGUCAAAGUUUCCGUCAGGUUACUCUUUCAACAGGAGAGAGGAAAGUGGAUUGACUUCUGGGCCAACAGGUCGGGAGAGAUUUGAAGUGAAUAACUCCUACAGCAGCUCAACAAAAAGAGUUUACUCAUCAAAUUCUCAAAACUCAGCUGAUACAGAAGAGAAACUGCAGAAGGUGUCACCACCUCGUAGAAAAGUGACUAGAGAAGAAAAGUCAGAUAAGAUGACCGGGAUCGUAGCUAAGAAAGACGGGGGAGGAUCUGAUUUGUCCACUACAAAGUCUAGGCAGUCAAAUGCUGUUAGUUAUAGCAAUGCAAAUAAUGUUGGACAUAGACAAUAUGAUCCCGAGCCUCCUGAUGAGAAUAUCAAUGCAAUACUUGAGGAGGAAGAGGCUUUAAUUGCUGCUCACAGAAAAGAAAUUGAGGAUACAAUGGAAAUUGUUCGUGAAGAAAUGAAGCUUUUGGCAGAGGUGGACCAACCAGGCAGCCUCAUCGACAAUUAUGUGACCCAACUAAGCUUUGUGCUUUCACGCAAGGCUGCUGGUCUGGUUGGCCUUCAAGCUCGCCUUGCCAGGUUCCAGCAUCGAUUGAAAGAGCAGGAGAUACUGAGUCGGAAGAGAGUUCCUCGUUAAGGCAAGCAGUUUGUUCCCUGCUUGCAUUACCGCAUCAGAACCUGUCUCAUAACCUCGCUUAGAUUGUUAUAGUUAUAUUUCUCGAUGGACAUUGACGCUUAAAUAUUUUGAUAUAAACAAAUAUAUAAAGCUUUUAUCUCAAAUGGAAUCUCUACUUGGUUCUGGCGGUCAAUGCAUGGAGCCAUUUCGAGUUCUCGGAGAAAGGAAAUUUGGCAUUGCAUAAAAACUCCACCGUGUCUUGCAGGUAUUGAUGUUUCGAUGUAAAUGCCUCGUACAUGUCCCGGUAAUAAGAGGGGCCAAUUGAAAUUGUCAAACAUUUAUUGUUUAGAUGAAUCUGAUGUAUCAUUGUUUAGAUUGA